AUGACUGGAGGAAAGUCCGGAGGCAAGGCCAGCGGUGCCAAGUCCAACGCGCAAUCUCGUUCAUCCAAGGCCGGUCUCGCGUUCCCCGUCGGUCGUGUCCACCGUCUUCUCCGAAAGGGCAACUACGCUCAACGUGUUGGUGCCGGUGCUCCCGUCUACCUCGCUGCCGUCCUCGAGUACCUCGCUGCCGAAAUUCUCGAGUUGGCUGGUAACGCCGCUCGUGACAACAAGAAGACCCGUAUCAUCCCCCGUCACUUGCAGCUUGCCAUCCGCAACGACGAGGAGUUGAACAAGCUUCUCGGACACGUCACCAUCGCCCAGGGUGGUGUUCUCCCCAACAUUCACCAGAACCUCCUCCCCAAGAAGACCUCCACCGCCAAGGACAAGUCCAGCCAAAACCUUUAAGCGGUUUCUUUUUGAGGUUUUUCGAAUGCAAAUGGGUUUACGGCGCAGAUUUUUGGGUUGCUUGAUGAUAACGGGCUCAUCAACGGUGGACACGAGCUCUGGUUACGGCGUGUCUUUUGAUUACUUU